AUGGAGUCGACAAUCAAGUGUUUUCUUGUUCUGGUAUCGUUAUGUUGUGUACUUGUAAAGGGUUUGCCUAUUAAAGGAAAGGCGAAACGAGCGCCUCAAGGGUUUUAUCUAGGACCUUUACAAGCGAGACCUGGCCUUCCCCUUCCAAGGAUCAAUGGGCCACCACCAACCAUCAACACUCAACCACAGUUUUUACUUCCUCCUCGACCUGGAUCAGUAUGGCUCCGCUUCCCAGCCCCCGCCACAGCCUUCCCACAACCUUUACUUUCCCGCCCUCCAGUUUUACCACAACAAAGGUUUGAAGCUCCACGACCCGUUACUGAGUUACCUGCAAUGGCGACAAUGAGAUACGAUGACAAAGAAGGCCAUGAACACCACCGCGAGCCUUCUUCCCCAGCACCUGAGCCUGUUCCUCAGCCUUUCUUUAACCCAGUUGAGCCUUAUUUUUAUCCUCAUCAAGCUGUAUAUGUACAACGUCCUCAGCCUUUCCCUCAACCAUUUCCACAGCCGUAUCAACCAGUGUACCAGCCUUACCAACCGCCUUACUAUCCUCACAACAAAGAGUAUUUACCAAAGAAAGAAAAGAAGGAUUUCAAGUCUUGCCUCGAUUAUCUUCGUCAUGGUUCUUCCACAAAUGGUGGCUACACGAUUUCUGAUGAUGAUGGCGAUCACUACCAGGUAUGGUGCGACUUCCAUGCUGAACCAGGUUUUGCUUGGACACUCAUUAUGUCACAUUCGCUAAGAAACACAAACAAUACUGCCUUCUGUGAUUCAUCGCUUUCCGAGAACAUCCCCAUCCACCAAAACUCCCCGAACUGGGACGAGUAUAGGCUGUCGAAAGAACGCAUGGAUUCUCUAAUCAAGGAGUCUUCACACUGGAGAUCAACCACAGGCUUCCCAUUACAUGGAGUGGACUUCCGUGAUUACGUCCGAGGAAAUUUUAAAGACUUCAAUAUCAUGGAAUUCGAGGGCAAAGGAGAAUGCAAGGCAGUGGAUUAUAUCAAUAUUCGAGGUUUCCCAGCAGCCCAGACAAAGGCCCAGUUUUGGCAGCGUAAAGGAAAGCAGGCCCUUCAUAUUGAUAGUGCUCAGGGAGAAUGCGAUUAUAGGCCCUUUUAUGGCACCAUUGUGGGAGAAAACAAUUUUGGGUUUUAUUGUGAAGGACGCCACACAUUGAAUCCUAGUUUUAGGGGAACUGAAAACGAGGCUAGUAAUACUCAGUGGUGGUUUGGGGGUAGUAUAUACGACCAAGAGUAAAYAUGUGGGAUAUAGAGAAUAUUUCUUCAGUAAAUAAGUCGAGGAAUGCAUUCGAUUCAAGAGAUCUUG